AUGGUUCGCGACCCAGCAGAACGUUUCCUUAGUGGAUUCAUGUUCAUGUGUAGUCCGAAUAAUGUGGUUAAUAACAACUGUGAAGGAUGCAUAGGAGAUGUUAAAUGUGCACUUCGUGCAACACUUGAACAAUCUCAACGAUUUGCGAAUGGAGACCUUUCGGCGGCAACAUACCUCCUUUGGCAUCUUGGACCACAAAACUGGUACGUAAUCUGAAG